AUUUUUAGCGUAUUUUACAAACUGAACCAGUUGCGUUGGUUUUUUUGUUUUUCUGCUCGUCAGUAGCGUCCUUUGCGGGACAAGCAAAGGUAAAGGAGCAGCAUCCCUUCGCAGAGCGGCGUGUGGAUCUCAAGCAGGCGGAGAGGUGGGGGGGAAGAAAGUGCGUUGUUGUGAGUUGACGCUGAUCAUCAUCAUCAUCAUCAUCAUCCUCAUCUGGCCUGCUGCUGAGGAGCGGAGCCGGGAGCUGGAGUUUGCAGCAGAGCGCAGACCAUGGCGGUAAACCUGGACAAGGAAGCGUACUACCGCCGGAUCAAGAGAUUAUACAGCAACUGGAAGAAAGCGGAAGAUGAGUUCGGAAAGGUGGACGCCAUCGUGGUGUCCGUGGGCGUGGACGAAGAAAUCGUGUACGCCAAAUCCACCGCCAUACAGACCUGGCUGUUUGGCUACGAGCUGACGGACACCAUCAUGGUGUUCUGCGAGACAAAAAUCAUCUUCCUCGCCAGCAAGAAGAAGGUGGAUUUCCUCAAGCAGGUGGCCGUAACGAAAGGCAACGAGAACGCCAACGGCGUGCCGCCCAUCACCCUGCUCACCAGAGAAAAGAACGAAAGCAACAAGGCAAACUUUGACAAGAUGAUCGAGGCGAUUCGAGGCAGCAAAGAGGGCAAGACGGUGGGCGUGUUCAGCAAGGACAAGUUCCCGGGGGAGUACAUGAAGAGCUGGAACGACACGCUCACCGCCGAGGGCCUGGAGAAGGUGGACAUCAGCGCCGUGGUCGCCUACACGAUGGCGGUGAAGGAGGACGGCGAGCUCAGCCUGAUGAAGAAGGCGGCGGCCAUCACCAGCGAGGUUUACUCCAAGUUCUUCAAGGAGCGCGUCAUGGAGAUCGUCGACGCAGACGAGGUGAGCCCGAGGAGGAAGAGCCAUCACCCGUCCAGCGACAAGAACCACAUGCACUUCGGCGCCAUCACGUGCGCCAUGGGGAUCCGCUACAAGUCGUACUGCUCCAACCUGGUGCGCACGCUCAUGGUGGACCCGCCCCAGGAGAUGCAGGACAACUACAACUUCCUGCUGCAGGUGGAGGAGGAGCUGCUGAAGGAGCUGAAACACGGUGUGAAAAUCUGUGACGCCUACAACGCGGUUCUGGAAUACGUGAAGAAAGAGAAGCCCGAUCUCGUAACAAAGCUCACCAAAAAUCUUGGCUUUGCGAUGGGGAUCGAGUUCAGAGAAGGCUCUUUGGUCCUAAAUGCUAAAAACCAGUACAAACUGAAAAAAGGCAUGGUGCUGAGCAUCAGUUUGGGUUUCGCCGAUCUGGUGAAUAAAGAAGGAAAGAAAGAGGAGCAGAAGAAGUACGCCCUGUUCAUCGGCGACUCGGUGCAGAUCAACGAGGAGGAAGCUGCCACAAUCCUCACACCAGUCAAGAAAAAGAUUAAAAACGUGGGAAUCUUCCUGAAGAACGAUGACGAGGAUGACGAGGAGGAGGACGGCGACGACGCCGAGGAGCUGCUGGGAAAAGGAGCUCGCAGCGCCGCCCUGCUGGCCGACAGAACCCGAAACGAGAUGACGGCGGAGGAGAAGCGGCGGGCUCACCAGAAGGAGCUGGCCAACCACCUGAACGAGGAGGCCAAGCGGAGGCUGACGGAGCAGAAGGGAGAGCAGCAGAUCCAGAAGGCCAGAAAAUCUAACGUGUCCUAUAAGAACGUGUCUCAGAUGCCCCGAGAAAAGGACAUCAGGGAGAUGAAGAUCUUCAUCGACAAGAAGUACGAGACGGUCGUCAUGCCCGUCUUCGGCAUCGCCACGCCCUUCCACAUCGCCACCAUCAAGAACAUCAGCAUGUCUGUAGAAGGAGACUACACCUACCUGAGGAUCAACUUCUACGUCCCCGGCAGCUCUCUGGGACGCCAGGAGGGCAACAUCUUCCCCAACCCCGACGCCACGUUUGUCAAAGAAAUUACGUACAGGGCGUCCAACCUGAAAGCCCCCGGCGACACGUCGGUGCCCUCCACCAACCUGCAGAACGCCUUCCGCAUCAUCAAGGAGGUGCAGAAGCGCUACAAGACGCGGGAGGCGGAGGAGAAGGAGAAGGAGGGCAUCGUGAAGCAGGACUCGCUGGUCAUCAACCUCAACCGCAGCAACCCCAAGCUCAAGGACCUCUACAUCCGGCCCAACAUCGCCCAGAAGAGGAUGCAGGGCUCGCUGGAGGCACACACCAACGGUUUCCGGUUCACAUCGGUCCGCGGCGAUAAAGUGGACAUCCUUUAUAACAACAUCAAACACGCCAUCUUCCAGCCGUGCGACGGCGAAAUGAUCAUCGUGCUUCACUUCCACCUCAAGAACGCCAUCAUGUUCGGUAAAAGGCGCCACACCGACGUCCAGUUCUACACGGAGGUCGGGGAGAUCACCACAGACCUGGGCAAGCACCAGCACAUGCACGACCGCGACGACCUGUACGCCGAGCAGAUGGAGCGCGAGAUGAGGCACAAGCUCAAGUCCGCCUUCAAGAACUUCACCGACAAGGUGGAGGCGCUCACCCGGGAGGAGCUGGAGUUCGAGGUUCCCUUCAGAGACCUGGGGUUCCAGGGCGCCCCCUACAGGAGUACUUGCUUACUACAGCCCACGUCCAGCUCACUGGUCAACGUCACUGAGUGGCCACCGUUCGUGGUGACCCUGGACGAGGUGGAGCUGGUCCACUUCGAGCGCGUGCAGUUCCACCUGAAGAACUUCGACGUCGUCAUCGUCUACAAGGACUACAGCAAAAAGGUCACCAUGAUCAACGCCGUGCCCGUCAACUCCCUGGACCCCAUCAAGGAGUGGCUGAACUCGUGCGACAUCAAGUACACAGAGGGAGUCCAGUCUCUGAACUGGACCAAGAUCAUGAAAACCAUCGUAGACGACCCAGAGGGCUUCUUCGAGCAGGGCGGCUGGUCGUUCCUGGACCCUGAGAGUGAGGGAAGCGGGGCAGAGGAAGAUUCGGAGUCUGAGAUGGAGGACGAGACGUUCAACCCGUCGGCAGAUGAGGAGGAGGAGGAAGAGGAGGACAGCGACGAAGAUUACAGCUCAGAAACCGAAGACUCUGAUUACAGCGCGUCGCUGGGCAGUGAGGAGGAGAGCGGCAAAGACUGGGACGAGCUGGAGGAGGAGGCCAGGAAAGCGGACAGAGAGAGCCACUACGAGGACGAGGACACCUCCAACAAGAAGAGGAAGAUCCGGCCGCCGGCCCCGCCCCCCAAGAAGAAGAAGCGGCGAUCCUAAGCCCCUCCCCCACCUCCUCCCCAACCCUUCAACCCACUCAUACUGCCAAACCUAGUUGACCCUUGACCCCCCUUCCCACCCCCACCAUCCUCUGUUCCCCCUUCAGCCAACUGACUUAUUUGAUGCUCAAAUCUCACACACACACACACACACAAACACAAGAUGUGUAUGUAGUGGUAGGAAACCUUUUUUUUUUUGCUCAUCGAUGUCAGGAACCAGCAGGACGUCCUUCCUCACAGUUUAUCAGCUUCAUUCUCGCCCCUCCCUCUUGUUUUUUUUUUUUUUGGGGGGAUCUCAUUUCAUCCAUCCAUUCAUCCAUCUAUCAGGGUCCUGAGUGAGAGUGUGUGUGUGUGUGUGUGUGUUUGUGCAAAUGGGUUUUUAUUGCAGCCGGUUUCUUUUCUGUUGGAAAAAAAAAACAAACAUCAAAUUUCUUAACUGACGGAUAAUAAAGACAAGACUUGACAUCUCCCCUGCCAAGUGUUUUAUAUAGAACCUUUAUGAUCACCUCCUUCCUCGUCUUUCUUCUGUGUUUGUUAAAUUGUGGUU